AUGUAUGAUAUUGAUUUUUCCAUUCCUUACUGGCUUAUCACCUAUUAUCACGUCAUUGGUAUCAUCUCACUGAUUUUUGACGCAUUUUCCAUUUAUCUCAUUCUGUUCAAAAGCAGCAAAAUCGAUAAUUUCAGAUACUUUUUGUUGAAUUUUCAGCUAGCUUGUUGUUUUACUGAUAUCCAUCUAACGUUUCUUAUGCAACCUGUACCUUUAUAUCCAUUGGUAUCUGGGUAUAUUUUGGGAUUUUUAGCACAAUUUGGAGCUACUACUCAUCAUUGUAUGGUAACUAGGAGAUUUCAGAAUAUAGUGAUUGCUUGUCUCAUUUAUCAAAUCGAAUCGAUGAUUUUUUGUUUUGUCCGGAAACACCAGGCCAUUGCAAACACCUUGAAAAAGUUUAUAAUGCCUGGUUGGCUGGUUUGGUUCUUAUUUUUCUUUUUCGCAUUUGACAUUUGUAUGGUAGUCGGAAUGUAUGCACAAACUUCUAUGGACCAGAAUGCUCAAUUUGAUUAUAUUAGACAGAACUACCCAGAAUAUCUCUCUGGAUUCCAGUCCCUUCCGAACUUUUCAAUUUAUGACCCUGAUACUUUUUUUGUGGUUACUGUCCUCUUUGCGGUCACUUGUGGAAUUGUUUCAUUUUUCAUACUUUGCCUGAUUCUUGCAAACAUUUUCCGGAUGUUGGGAAUUCUUAAAACCCAAAUAUCUGCUUCGAAUUAUCAAAAACAUCGAGCUGCGAUUUGGAGUUUGUUAGCUCAAUUUGCCACGUCAUCAGUUUGUGUGGUACCGCCCAUAUUCUUUGUGUUUGUGGUUCUGAUAGGCAUCGAUGGAGCUCAAAUUAUUGUGGAAUUCCUCCUAGUUAUUGCCUGUUUACAUUCUUCCCUAAAUGUAACAGUUCUAAUUAUAACAUUUCCACCGUAUAGAAAAUUUGUAGUUUCGCUAAUUUUUAGAGGAGACGAACGAAAGUUGAAAUCUCGAAUUGGAAAUUCUGGGAUAACAUUGAGGCCUUCAUCCAUAGUUAUUGCUCAUAGUUAG